GAUGUGCAUGCACACGAUGGCUGGAAUGGGAUGGCUCAACAUCCUGACUCUAAUGAGUCUUUUAACUGCAAACUCACAUGCUCAGCUGGAUGUAUGUGGGACUACUCCAGUGAGAACAAGGAUUGUUGGAGGUGAAGACGCUCAAGAAGGAAGUUGGCCUUGGCAGGCCAGUCUGCAGUUUUUUGGCAGACAUGAUUGUGGUGGUUCUCUCAUAAACAAAGAGUGGGUGAUGUCUGCUGCCCACUGCUUCUUCGGCACAAAUACCUUUGAUUGGUCCGUUUCUCUUGGUCGUCAGAACCUGGAGGGAAUCAACCCAAACGAAGUGUCCAGAACUAUUGACACAAUCAUUUUGCAUCCAGACUUUAACACUGUUACCUUUGACAACGACAUCGUUCUGCUUAGACUUACCUCACCGGUCACAUUCACAGACUACAUCAGACCUGUGUGUCUGGCAGCCAGUAGCAGUAACUUCAUCAGUGGUACUGAUAGCUGGGUCACUGGUUGGGGAGCAGUCCAGGAGGGAGUGGCCCUCCCCUUCCCUCAAACUCUACAAGAAGUGGAGGUUCCAGUUGUGGGAAACAGACAGUGUAACUGCCAGUAUGGUGUAGGUUCUAUUACAGACAACAUGAUCUGUGCUGGUUUACUUGAAGGAGGAAAAGAUGCUUGUCAGGGCGACUCAGGAGGUCCAAUAAUGAGCGAGCAGAAUUUAAUCUGGAUCCAGUCUGGUAUUGUCAGUUUUGGUGUUGGCUGCGCCAGACCUGAUCUGCCAGGAGUUUAUACCAGAGUGUCCCGCUACCAGUCCUGGAUCAACUCACACAUCAGUUCUGAUCAGCCAGGCUUUGUCCAGUUCAGGUCUGAUGGGCUGGAUACUGACAGCAGCUUCACAUGCCCUGGUCUUCCUCCUCCUGUUACUCCUCCUGUUACUCCUCCUGAAGACUCAUCUACGACCUCAGAUACUGGUUUCUCAAGCGGUGAAGUAUGUGGGAUCACUCCAGUGAGAACAAGGAUUGUUGGAGGUGAAGAUGCUCAAGAAGGAAAUUGGCCUUGGCAGGCCAGUCUGCAGUUUUUUGGCAGCCAUGUUUGUGGUGGUUCUCUUAUAAACAAAGAGUGGGUGAUGUCGGCUGCCCACUGCAUCUUCAGCACAAAUACCUCUGAAUGGUCCGUUUCUCUUGGUCGUCAGAACCUACAGGGCAACAACCCAAACGAAGUGUCCAGAACUGUUGACACAAUCAUUUUGCAUCCGGACUAUGACAGUUUUACCUUUGACAACGACAUCGCUCUGCUUAGACUUACCUCACCGGUCACAUUCACAGACUACAUCAGACCUGUGUGUCUGGCAGCCAGUAGCAGUAACUUCAUCAGUGGUACUGAUAGCUGGGUCACUGGUUGGGGAAGAAUCCAGGAGGGAGUGUUACUCCCCUUCCCUCAAACUCUACAAGAAGUGGAGGUUCCAGUUGUGGGAAACAGACAGUGUAACUGCCAGUAUGGUGUAGGUUCUAUUACAGACAACAUGAUCUGUGCUGGUUUACUUGAAGGAGGAAAAGAUGCUUGUCAGGGCGACUCAGGAGGUCCAAUGAUGAGCGAGCAGAAUUUAAUCUGGAUCCAGUCUGGAAUUGUCAGUUUUGGUAUUGGCUGUGCCAGACCUGAUCUUCCGGGAGGUUAUACCAGAGUGUCCCGCUACCAGUCCUGGAUCAACUCACACAUCAGUUCUGAUCAGCCAGGCUUUGUCCAGUUCAGGUCUGAUGGGCUGGAUACUGACAGCAGCUUCACAUGCCCUGGUCUUCCUCUUCCUGUUACUCCUCCUGAAGACUCAUCUACGACCUCAGGUUCUGGUUUCUCAAGCGCUGAAGUAUGUGGGACCACUCCAGUGGGAACAAGGAUUGUUGGAGGUGAAGAUGCUCAAGAAGGAAGUUGGCCUUGGCAGGCCAGUCUGCAGUUUUCUGACAGCCAUGUUUGUGGUGGUUCUCUCAUAAACAAAGAGUGGGUGAUGUCUGCUGCCCACUGCUUCUUCAGCACAAAUACCUCUGAAUGGUCGGUUUCUCUUGGUCGUCAGAACCUGCAGGGCAUCAACCCAAACGAAGUGUCCAGAACUGUUGACACAAUCAUUUUGCAUCCGGACUAUGACAGUUUUACCUUUGACAACGACAUCGCUCUGCUUAGACUUACCUCACCGGUCACAUUCACAGACUACAUCAGACCUGUGUGUCUGGCAGCCAGUAGCAGUAAUUUCAUCAGUGGUACUGAUAGCUGGGUCACUGGUUGGGGAAGAAUCCAGGAGGGAGUGUUACUCCCCUUCCCUCAAACUCUACAAGAAGUGGAGGUUCCAGUUGUGGGAAACAGACAGUGUAACUGCCAGUAUGGUGUAGGUUCUAUUACAGACAACAUGAUCUGUGCUGGUUUACUUGAAGGAGGAAAAGAUGCGUGUCAGGGCGAUUCAGGAGGUCCAAUGAUGAGCGAGCAGAAUUUAAUCUGGAUCCAGUCUGGAAUUGUCAGUUUUGGUAUUGGCUGUGCCAGACCUGAUCUGCCGGGAGGUUAUACCAGAGUGUCCCGCUACCAGUCCUGGAUCAACUCACACAUCAGUUCUGAUCAGCCAGGCUUUGUCCAGUUCAGGUCUGAUGGGCUGGAUACUGACAGCAGCUUCACAUGCCCUGGUCUUCCUUUUCCUGUUACUCCUCCUGAAGACUCAUCUACGACCUCAGGUUCUGGUUUCUCAAGCGGUGAAGGUUUGUCCACUGAGUGACAUUCCAUUUAUUUAUUACAUUGCUUGUGUAAUUAAUAUAAUUACAGCGGGAGUCUUAACUGAUUUGCACGACGAUAAAGUGUUCUUCACGUGUCACAGUUUUCCUAAGGCCUAUGGUAUAGCAUGGAAUGAUACAUCCUGAAAGAAGUUGCAUUUCCCCUGCAAGAGAUCUUACAGUGCAGUGUUUUAUUCACCCUUUAAGCUUGGUAACACUGUUAUUCCUUCUUUUAGGUAGUUCUCCAAAAAAAUUGGUGCAUGAGCAUCAGGUAUUUUGGUAUAUUUCAUAAAUCUUGACUUUGGAAACUUGUGUAUUCGGCAAAGAGGAACUGUGCUGCUUUAAGGACACUGGAUUGUAUUGUUGUUAUUAAAGAUAAGACCAGAGAAGAAUGUGGAUUACAUUUAAAUUUUCUUCAUUUUCCAAAAAACAUUCAAACAAUUUAAAAAUAAAUGUAACGAUAAUACAAAAAGGUACCUGGGGCAUAACAGGGUUCUAAAAAAAGAACAAUCACAACUUAAAAUUCCAGGCUAAAAUUAAGAUAUUUAUGAAAAAAAAUUAUAGAGAAAAUUAUUUGUAUAAUUUAUAAUAAUUUAAUAAUCCACCCUACUUUGGCUAAACAACUACCAAAACUCAAAGUUCAUAAUGCAUUUGAUUAAACAAUAAUAGAUAAUAUUAAUAGUUUUUUUUCUUGAUGAAGUAGACAAGAUUGAAUUAUUACAAAUUGUGCAGCAAUGUCCAAAUAAGACUUUUAACGAUUAUGUAGACAUGUCAUUCAUUAAGAGCAUCAUAGUUAUUGAACCAUUUUCAUACAUUUAUAAUGUAUCAUUCAUGAAAGGAGUAUUCCCGGAUCACAUGAAUAUUGCUAAAUAAUACCACUUCACAGAGGGGGAAAUUACACGCCAAUAUCGCCGCUUCCACAGUUUAAAAAAAUCUAAGAGAAAUUGUUUGCUUUUGGAUUACCGCAAAAAUCUAUUUAAAAGCAAGUAUAAUAUUUUGAGCAAUAUUCAACAUUUGGUUGCGUACUAAUCACUAAGCCACAACAGCAAUAAUUGAUUUGGCGGAAGUAAUGGACAAAAAUAUAUAUAUAUAUAUUUAGUAAGUAUUUUUGUAGCUCUUCCAAAGGUGUUUGAUUCGCUUGAUCAUAAAUUAUUAUAUUACAAAUUUUACAAAUAUGGAAUAAGAGGAGUGGCACAUGAGUGGCUUAGAAGUUACUUGAAGGACAGAAAAAUGUUUGUGGAAGUUAACAAUAGUAAAUCUGCAUUACAUGAUAUUAGUUGUGGAAUCCUACAAGGAUCGGUCUUUGGGCUUAUAGUGUUUCUUAUGUAUGUAAUUGAUAUUACUAUGGUUUCCAAACUGUUUCGGUCUAUUUUAUUUGCAGAUGACACAAAUGUAUUCUAUUUGGGACAAAAUAUUGAAAGUGUGUCAGAGGUGGUUGAAAAUCAAAAUUUAAAGAUGAUUUGAUGUAAAUAGGUUAUCCUUGAAUUGUAGUAAAACUAAGUUUAUGAUUUAUUUUGUAGUAGUAGGAAAAGUGUAGAUGCUUGUUAUAUGUUGAAGGAGUUGAGAUUCAAAUAACAAAAAAUAUUAAGUUUUGGGGUGUUAUGAUUGACAAAAUAAUAUCAUUAAAUCACAAACUACAUCAAGGUUAAAAUAUCCAAAACUAAUUAUAUUUAACACGAGGUGAAGGAAUUUCUAAAUAAAAAAGAGUUGUAUAUUUUGUAUAAUUCACUGAUUGUUCCACAUCUGACAUAAUGUGUUGAGGUGUGGGGUAGUGCCUGUAAAACAUAUUUAAAUCCAAUCUUACUUUUACAGAAAAGACCUGUAAGAGUCAUUCGUAGAAAUGCAUACAGGAAACCCCCAAAUCCAAUAUUCAAAGAGUUAAACUUACUGAAAUUUUAUGAAUUGGUUGAUUACAAUAUCCUAAAAAACCUUGGGGUCAUAUUCGACCCAGAUCUCAAGUUUGACAAGCAAGUGAAAUCUGUGGUGAAAUCAUGUUUUUUCUAACUGUGCACGGAGGGUCGCGAUAAUGCUCAUCUUCUCCAGACUGGACUAUUGCAAUGCCCUCUAUGCUGGGGUCACCGACAAGACUAUCCAUAGCAUGCAGCUAGUACAAAAUGCAGCUGCCAGGCUGUGAGGGAAAUGAGGGAACACAUUUCUCCCUCUCCUCCCUUCACUGGCUCCCAGAGAAGCGCAGAGUGAAAUUUAAGAUCCUCACGUAUGUCUUCAAAGCGUCCGGUCUCGCUCCAGCUUACAUCAAAGAUCUCCUGGACCAACCUACCAGCUCCAGGAUUGGUCGUUGCCUUAGAUCUGACAACCAGAAGACCCUGAAGGUCCCACGGUCAAACCUAGUGACAAAGGGAGACCGUGCUUUCUCAGUGAUGGCACCUAAGCUAUUGAAUAAGCUCCCUCUGAAUGUCAAGUCCGCCACCACUCUGGACUCUUUUAGAGCACAGCUUAAAACUCACCUCUUUGCCGCAGAUGACUUUUGAUUUAUUUUUAAUUUGUUCAUUGUGUGUCUUAAAUGAUUGUUCUAGAUUCCUUUGUGUGUCUCAGUCUCUGUUUCUGUUUUUUUGUUUCUCUACUCGGGCUGAUGUAACAGUUGGUUGGGGGGGGCGCAUAAUAAAUGAAAAUAACAUAACAUAACAUCACGGCACAGAUGUCAGCUUUGUCACUGACGUGUUUGUUUUCAAUUUCAUGCUAGUAUCAGCUUGUUAUUACGUUAAGAAAGAGAGGGUCGCCAGAAAUUUUCGGUGCCACAGGAAGAGGCUGCAUUGAAGCCCAAACAAGCUUUUUGAACGUUAGAUCCGAUGCGUUUACUAUUAGCGUUCCAACCACGCUAGCGUUCUUUGGCCGUUGGCCAGCUUUGCCCAAAAUUAGUGCGUUCUAUUGUCCACCCUACAACAAGACAUGCAGCAAAACGGUUUGCACAGGGGUAAAAAAUAUUUACUCACCAAAUCAGUGUGCCAAGCACAAGAAUCCCAAUGAUGAAAGCUGCCGUUGAAGCGACGUUCAGAUGCACCCGGGCUUGGUCAGGCAUGUUCCAGAAUGAAAGUGCCUGGAUUAGGCGCAAAAUAGAUGAGGACUGAUCUGCCCAUGUCUAUCUUAAAAUUAUUGUUGCCUAAACUCAAGUACAUUUAGUUGGUUAGCUUUUUCGAUCCCAAAGUACAAGCAACUUAUUUAAAAUGAGUGUUAAUAACAGGUUAAUCAAAACUGAGCUAGGUCCACUAAUUAUUUUUGAUUGAAUCCAGUGUUUGUAUUUGCAGUGCAUGGCCAAUACUCAUAAUUAAUAAAGAUCAGCUUACAAUGUAUUUGAAUAUU